AGAAGAAAAAUCACAUCAAGCCAAACUGGAGAAAUUAGCAGCCAUUUUAUCUGGAGAAACAAGCAUUGGUUUAAAGUUACAAUUCCUAAUAAGGAGUAAUCAUACAGAUCUCCUUAUCCUAAAAAAUACAAAGGAAGCAGUAAGAAAUUCAGUUUGUCAUAAUGCAACUGUUAUUUCAAAUGCAUUCAUGCACAGUGGAACAACUAGUGAUGCUUUUUUAAGAGACAACCUAGAAUGGCUUGCAAGGGCAACAAAUUGGGCAAAGUUCACCGCAACAGCUAGUUUAGGAGUUAUUCACAAAGGGCAUGAGAAGGAGGCCCUCAAUCUUAUGUCUACUUACCUACCAAAGGACUCGGGUCCCGGCAGUGCUUACCAAGAAGGAGGCGGCCUAUAUGCACUAGGCCUCAUUCAUGCAAAUCAUGGCGCUGCUAUUACUGAAUACCUUCUCAACCAGCUGAAGGAUGCUAGCACUGAUAUGGUACGUCAUGGUGGUUGUUUAGGCCUUGGCCUGGCUGCUAUGGGCACAGCUCGCCUGGACAUCUACGAACAACUCAAGUUCAACCUGUACCAGGAUGAUGCAAUCACUGGAGAAGCAGCAGGGCUAGCUAUGGGCCUAGUAAUGUUGGGCUCAAAGUCUGCUAAAGCUAUUGAAGAUAUGGUCAGCUAUGCCCAGGAGACUCAACAUGAGAAGAUUCUACGAGGAUUGUGCCUUGGCAUAGCAUUGACAAUGUAUGGUAGGUUAGAAGAAGCAGACACUCUUAUUGAAAGUCUUGCCAGGGACAAGGACCCAAUCCUUCGACGUUCUGGUAUGUACACCAUAGCGCUGGCAUACUGUGGGACAGGAAACAAUAAGGCCAUUCGUCGUUUACUGCAUGUUGCUGUGAGUGAUGUCGACGAUGAUGUCAGGCGGGCUGCUGUCACUGCACUUGGUUUCUUACUCCUAAGGCAACCUGAACAGUGUCCAAGUGUUGUGUCCCUGUUGUCAGAGAGUUACAAUUCACACGUGCGGUAUGGCGCAGCCAUGGCCCUUGGAAUCGCAUGUGCAGGCUCAGGAAACAAAGAAGCCCUUGGUAUCUUAGAGCCAAUGUUAAAUGAUCCAGUUAAUUACGUACGACAGGGUGCUCUAAUAUCUUCUGCGAUCAUCCUUAUUCAACAAACUGAAGUUACUUGCCCAAAGGUGACAUAUUUCAAGAGUGUUUACAGCAAGACCUUGGCGGACAAGCAUGAGGACGUGAUGGCUAAAUUUGGUGCAAUCCUUGCACAGGGUAUCAUAGAUGCAGGUGGUCGAAAUGUCACCAUUAGUCUGCAGUCACAGAGUGGUCACAUGCACACGCCCUCUAUUGUUGGCAUGUUUGUGUUCAUCCACUUUUGGUACUGGUUCCCUCUGGCACACUUCCUCUCGCUUGCAUUCUCCCCAACUGCUGUCAUCGCACUGAACAGCGAUUUGAACAUGCCCAUCAUGGAAUUCAAGUCAAGUGCCAAGCCAUCAACAUAUGGAUACCCACCACCGUUGGAAACACCCAAGGAGAAAGAAAAGGAGAAGGUAACAACGGCUGUGCUGUCAAUCACCGCAAAGGCGAAGAAGCGUGAAAAAAAAGAAGACAAAGAGGAGAAAAUGGAAGUGGAUGAUACUGCUGAGGCUACUGUCAAAGAAGAAAAGGAUACUGAGAAAAGUGAAGCAACAAAGAAGGAUGCAAAGAAAAAGGAAGGAGACAAGAAGAGUGAGAAAAAGGAAGGAGAAAAGAAGAGUGAGAAAAAGGAAGGAGAAAAGAAGAGUGAGAAGAAGGAAAGCAAAGAAGACACAAUUGAGAAGGCUGAGAAGAAAACUGGAAAAGAAAAGAAAGAGGAUAAGAAAGAAAAGAAAGCAGAUGAUAAGAAGGAGAGUAAAGAGAAGAAAGUUGAGCCUGCCUUUGAAAUAAUGUCCAAUCCUGCAAGAGUGAUGACAGCCCAACUGAAAGUUCUGUCACUGGAGGGCAGCAGAUAUGAACCACUUAAGCCGUUGUCCAGCGGAGGAAUUGUAUUGAUGAAAACCAGCCGAGCCUUCACAGAAGAAGAACCUGAACGCUUUGUAGAGUCCGUGCCAGCUGGUGGACCAUCCCUUGCUGAAGAAGAGAAGGAACCAGAACCACCAGAGCCAUUUGAAUAUGUAGAGGAGGAAUGAGGGCACUGUUUAAUUUAUAUGCUACAACUCUUACUGUUUUUGAAGCCUAAAGCCCAGCCCAGACUAUCAAUUAUAUUCGACAAAAACGUGACAUUCUUAAAUAUGGUCAUGAUGACAUCACAUCAUGAACAUAUAUAGGCACAUCAUGACUAAAUGUGAGCAUGCAACAGAUUUCUUUUGUCGCAGAAAAUUUGGUAGUCUGGACAGAAAUUUAAAAUAUGGUAUUUGAAGAAAAAAUGCAUUAUUAAUCGAAGUACCUAAUGGCAACAUUUCUUUUACUACCUGAAAUAUAUUAAUUUUACAUGCAUAAGAGCCACUUAGACCAAAUAAGCCAAAUUGUAUGUAGGCAAAGGUAUUUGAAAUCUGUUCUCACAAUGUUAUGUUCUUUGGCUGUGAAAAUAUAUUAAAAAAAAGUUUUUAUAAUGCAAGAUAAUUAAAUAUAAUGAUGUGGACUUCUAUGUUAAAAUUUAUUGAAUGGAAUUUGAUAUUUCACUCAUAUUUAUCUCUGCAAAUAUUAGUGAUGUAUUCAUCACAUUUUUCUGUUACUAAUUAACAGAGUACCUCAUUGUACCCCAUUCUGAGUGUUGAGAGCACUGACAAUUAUAAACAGAAUAAAGCAUUGAAAGCUUAAA